AUGUCGAAUGCGCCUCCGCCUGCGCUCUUACCACCGCCUGAGGGCAUCUUCCGGACCUUCGAAGACCUUUUGACAUCGGUCCAGCGCGUCGCAAAAGACCAGGGAUAUGGAGUUGUCAAGCUGCGCGCCUCCAAUUACCGCGAUGGCAAGCCUACCCGCUACGACUUGGUUUGCGACCGCGGCGGCGUCAAGUACAGCAGCACCGCUAAGAAGCGCAACCCAUCGACGCGCAAGGUCGACUGCCCAUGGCGCGCAAAGGCCGUUUGUGAGGUCCAGCUCGGAAACCAGUGGCGUUUUGCUGUUCAGGAAGGCAGUCACAACCACGAGCCUCGCAUCGCGACCGCCCCUCCCGGCCAGGAAAACACCCCCCUCGCCCAAUCGAUCCGCUCCUUCACCAACAAGAUUGAUCGCCUCAACCACGACAUGAACCAAGGCUUCGUUCGCAUCGAGCAAGCUCUUGACACGAUGAACAAGCGCCUAGAGAAUCUUGAGAAUCGUGCGGGAGGGUACGAGCCUCGUUUCCAGAAUAUGGAGUCGCGGUUGCAAGGCAUGGAGGCCCGUGGAAGCAUGGAGCUGCCCAUGGACGAUGUCGACGCUCGACUCCUAUCAUCUUCGGUUAUGUAG